GGCGCAGAUGACACACACGAAGGUAAUCUGGCAGAGAAAAGAAGGGAAAUACAAAACGAGUGUGUGAUUGAGUUCUGUGUGUGUGUGUUGUGAACUGCUGUGUUGACAGUGUGUGUGUGGUGUGAAAUACAGAGCGUCCGCCUGGCCGGCAUGGGAUGGAUGGUCGGCCGGCUCUGGGCUGGUUAUGGACUGGUUUAACCAAAGCAGAAGUGCUGAUAUUCGCUGAAGAUGAGUAGUGGGGGGGGGAAAACCCCGGAGCCCCCCUUAGGGGGAGAGUCUCUGAAGAGGAAGGACUGCCAGUCAGACCUCGUGGGGCCCAGCCCUAAGAGGAGCACCGAGAGGAGGAACCGGGAGCAGGAGAACAAGUACAUCGAGGAGUUGGCCGAGCUGAUCUUCGCCAACAUCAACGACAUGGACGACCUCAACGUGAAGCCGGACAAAUGUGCCAUCCUCAAAGAGACGGUGAAGCAGAUCCGGCAGAUCAAGGAGCAAGAGAAAGCUCCAGUGGCGGAUGCUGAGGAGGUGCAGAAGGCUGACGUCUCGUCCACAGGACCGGGGGUCAUUGAUAAAGAUGCUCUCGGGCCCAUGAUGCUGGAGGCUCUGGACGGCUUCUUCUUCGUGGUCAACAUGGAGGGCAACAUAGUGUUUGUGUCGGAGAACGUCAGCCAGUAUCUGCGGUGCCAGCAGGACGAGCUGAUGAACACCAGCGUCUACAGGGUGCUGCACGACGGCGACCACGCCGAGUUCGUCAAGAACCUCCUGCCCACCAGCCUGGUGAAUAACCGCAGCAGUGACGCGUCGAACAGGAACAGCCACACGUUUAACUGCCGCAUGUUGGUCAACCCUCACGCUGACGGUGAAACUCGGCCGGCGUCCGACCAGCAGGACGCGUCGGUGCAGAAGUACGAGACCAUGCAGUGUUUCGCAGUCUCCGAACCCAAGUCGAUCAAAGAAGAGGGGGAAGAUUUCCAGUCAUGUCUGAUCUGUGUGGCGAGAAGAGUCCCCGUCAAAGAGAGACCUGUGAUGCCCACGUACGAGAGCUUCACCACGAGACAGGACCUCCAAGGUAAGAUCACGUCUCUGGACACCAGUCUGCUGCGGGCCUCCAUGAAGCCGGGCUGGGAGGAUCUGGUGCGGCGGUGCAUUCAGAGGUUCCACCUGCAGAACGACGGGGAGAUGUCCUUCGCUAAGAAACACCAGCAGGAGGUGUUGCGGAUCGGCCAUGCUCUCAGCCCUCUGUACAGAUUCUCCCUGGCGGACGGCACCAUCGUCUCCGCUCACACCAAGAGCAAACUGGUCCGCUCCCAGGCCAACGAGCCGCAGCUCUACAUGUCCCUGCACAUCCUGCAGAGAGAGAACAUGACUGUGGAGAUACCAGGAGGGCAGGGACUCACCAAGCCAAUGACCCCCACCAGCGUGAGUGGUCCCUCCCCCUCCCCGGAUGCCAGCGUCUCCAGCAACACCCCGGUUCGUGGUUUUGGGGUCGCGUCGGGUCGGGCGUCCACGCCUCAGGGGAGCAGCCCUAAGGUGCUGAAGCUGGGCAGCCCCUCGGCCCAGGGCAGCCCCAGCGUAUCCUCCGCCGCCCCGGGCACCAUGAUGUCCCCCCGCCACCGCCAGAGCCCCGGCAUGGUGGCUAGCAGCAGCUGCGGCAGCCCUCACGUGCAACACCCCUCCGGUUCCUUCUCUCCUGCAGCCGGGCUCCACUCGCCGGCGUCGGUGUGCAGCAGCUCGGGGAACGGCCAGGGGUUCAGCUCCCUCGGCGCGCUGCAGGCCCUCAGCCAGGGCCACAGGGUCUCCCAGGGACUCUCCGAGGGGCAGCAUGCCGAGUCACCUGACAGGAAGAGCCCUCAGAACAGCAAGAGCUUAGAGGCGGAUUUACUGGGAACUUUUGGGGAGCAGCAGGAGCUGUUGUCCCCCCCGAACCAGGAGGAGGAGAAGGACAGCGACAGCUCCGAAGGUAACGGGGGUUCAGGGGAGGGGAAUCGCCUGAUGAACACAAAGGGCCACACUAAGCUUCUCCAGCUCCUCACCACCAAGCUAGAGCCCCUCGAUCCGUGCUCCUCACCCCCUUCAGGCGACGACCAGAAGGACCAGAUGGGGGUGCUGGCGGGUAACAACAACCACUCCACCUCGCUGAAGGAGAAACACAAGAUCCUCCACCGGCUGCUGCAGAACAGCACCUCGCCCGUGGAGCUGGCCAAGCUGACGGCCGAGGCGACGGGGAAAGACCCCCUGGGGGGGGAAUCGGCUUCAGGGGACAGUAUGGCCGCCCUGGGUGAACUCAAACAGGAGCCCGGGAGCCCCAAGAAGAAGGACAAUGCGUUGCUGCGCUACCUGUUGGACAGGGACGAUAACGGCGUCCUGGAUAAAGCCAUCAAGAUAGAGCCGGGCGAGGAGCCGCAGCUGGCCAACGUGAAGACAGAGAAACAGGACGUGGGAUUCAACAUGGCGGACCAGGCCAGUGAGCUGGAGGAGCUGCUGGAGGAUCUGCAGAGCGGCAGCCAGCAGCAGCAGCAGCAGCUGUACCCAGGUCAGCCUCCGGUCAGGAGAGUCGCCCCCUCUUCCUCCUCCUCCUCCUCCUCCUCCCUGCCUCCUGCUCCCUCUGUGGACAAACAGAGCAUCAUCAGCGACAUCCUGCAGAUGACCGAGAGCAGCAGCAGCCCCCCCCACCAGACCAGAGGCUUCCCCCCCACCGGCCCUGCAGCAGCCUUUAUCGGAGCCCGGCCGGUUCAGACGGGUCGCUGUGCUGCUCCGGUCCGCAGCUCGUCUCUGGACAGCAGUAUGGGCCCAAACACCAUCAGGCCCUUUCCUCCCCAGCACAGAAACACCGGCCCCUACUCCUUACUGCAGCAACAGCAACAGCAGCAGCAGCAGCAGCAGCAGCAAGGCAUGAUGGGAAGUCACGCAGGCAUGGCCAACCAGGCUGCGAUGGCGAAUGCAGGCAUGCUGAGUAACGGUGCAAUGAGGGGCUCCAUGCAGCAGGGCUGGGGUCCCCAGGGGCCCAUAGGGGGUACUGCGGGCCCGAUGAUGGGCCACGUCGUACAAGGUCGCAUGGUGCCCACCCACGGUGCGCUGCCCAGCAGGGGCCCGCCUGGAUCCAGGGCCAUGGUCAACAUGCAGAUGAUGGGCAGCGAGAUGGAGAUGGCAGCCCCUGCCUACCCUCAUCAACAAGCACCGCCCAAUCAGACGGCACCGUGGCCAAACCGAAUGAUAGCCAUGGAUCACUAUGGAAACCAAAGCAGGCCACCGUACGGCGUCCCCCAGGAGGACGGGAUGCGGUGUUGCGGCUCGGGGCCCGAAGGCCAGCCGGAUGAGAGGGCCCUGCUGAACCAGCUGUGCUCGGUGCUGAAGGACUACGAGGGUCUGGAGGAGAUCGACAAGAUGCUGGGGAUCCCGACGCUGGCUGGACAGGGUCACAUGUCAGAACAGGGCCAGUACCUGGGCUCCUCAGACCACGGGGUCAACAUGAAGCCCCUCCAUUACUCUCAGCACUACGGGGACCCCCCUGGUUACGGCACCAUGAAUCCUGAUGGCAGUUACCACCCCUCUAUGAGCGGACACAUGGGGCCCCAGAGGAUGCCGCCUGCCGGGUACCCCCCUAUGAUGAGGAUGCCGGGUAGCGUGGGACCCCGUCCGGUAGGGAUGAGGCCAGGGGGGCCCAAUCCAGGGGGGCCUCAACCCAAUAACCUGAGGCUCCAGCUGCAGCACCGCCUGCAGGCCCAGCUGAACCGUCAGCCCAUGGUGAACCAGAUGAGUGGAGUGUCCAACAUGAAUCUACCUCUAAGAUCUAACGUACCAAACCAGGGAACCCUCAACGCCCAGAUGCUGGCCCAGCGUCAGCGCGAGUACCUCAGCAACCACCUCCGGCAGCGGCAGCAGCAGCAGCAGCAGCAGCAGCAGCAGCAGCAGCAGCAGCAGCAGCAGCAGCAGCAGCAGCGGGCCAUGAUGAUGCGCACUCAGGGCGUCAACAUGCCCAGUGGGGGGGCCGCUCCCACGCCGAUGCCCAUAGGCGGCACCAACCCCCGGCUCCCUCAGGGAAACCCGCAGCAGUUCCCCUACCAGGCCUCCAGCUACGGUACCGGCCUGCCUUCUCCUCCUCCACCUCCUCCUCCUCAUCCCGGCUCCUCCAGUCCCUUCUCCUCCUCCCCUCUCUCCCCCGGCCAUCACCUGGCUAGCCAGGGAAUGAUGGGAAAUGUAGGCGGACAGUACAGCGGGGUAAUGAGCCCUCCGUCCCAGCACAGUGCCUACCAGUUCAGCAGCUCAGGAAUGAGUCAGCAGCAGCAGCAGCGUCAGGAUCCCGUGUCUGGUUUCCCGUGUGGCGCUGCGACCCCUCAGAGCCCCCUGCUGUCCCCCAGGAUGGGGCCGGGGCAAAGUCCCAUGAUGCAGCAGAACCAGGGCCAGCCCCAAACCCAGCCGCAGGGUCCCAACCAGAGAGUCCCCGGGUACCAGCCCAGCAGCGGGUGGACCCAGUCUGCCAACGUCUCCACCAGCAACAGUGUGUACCCGCAGCAGUCCCAGUCCCAGUACUCCACACAACCCAACGCAGGAAUGUACAGCAACACCAACAACAUGAACCUGGGAGUGAUGGCAGGCGGCAGCGGGGGGGGAAACAUGAACCAGAUGUCAGGACAGAUGAGCUCCAUGAACACAGAGCAGGUGGAGGACGGCAGUCUGAUCCUGGAGCAGCUGGCCGGGAUGGACAUGUUGACGCAAGAGAGUGAAGCCAGUUCUAAUUUCUGCUGACCCCGGCUGUGUUUAAGACAAGGUAACAAAGGAGCAAACGCACAGACGUGACUCUGCUCAUGAAGGAUUAUCGAGGAGUUGAGGACACAUGAUGUAAAUACUGCUCCCUCUGUCACACCGGCCAAAUCUGAGGCAAAACAGGAGGAAGACAAAACUGUAAAUGAGUGUACACAUGUGUGUGUUUGAAACUGGAACAACAGUUUGAGAAGCGAGUGGUUAACGAGCAUAAAUGAAACCUCUGGAUUUGAUCUUUCUACGGUUCUAAUUGAGACUGAAAAAACAUCGAAGGUUUAUGAAGAAAUAUUUUACAGGUAUUUAUAGUUUUGAAGAAGUUUUAGAGAUUAUUUGUAUUUCAUUAUAAAAAUCAAGGAUAUGUUUCUUUAAGAAAAUCUCAGAAUGGUACGUAAUGAUGUCGAUUUUAAAUUUUAAUAUAUUUCAACUGCUGUAGUUACAGGGGAGCUGUAUCCCUAUUUAAUGACUGUUUGAAUGAAGGUGAAUGUGUAUAGAUAGUGUACAUACCUAGAUUUUAAAUACCCCUUUUCCUCUUAUGUGGCAUUGCGUAACAGCAGUUUGGAGUUUUAGUCCAAUGUACAUCUGUCGGGAGCAGAAAUGCUUCUUUGGUUUGAUGAAACCUCAGUGGGUAGAGCUAAACAAACACAAAACAACAACAAAAGGAGGUCAGUUCAUCCGGCAUAGUCUAAUCAAGUCAAAACCUAAGCUAAAUGUUUGACUACCAUAUACUUAUUCUCCAUUCUGUUUGGUCCACCUGUGUAACCUUGCCUGGUUAUAGCUAGAAAUCAGCGAGCUAUAAUUCUAUUUAAUUUAGCUAAUUCAAAUGUUGAAGUUCAGAUAAACUAACUAGCGUAGUUAAGCUAGUUUGAGUUUAGCUUACUAGAUAGCCCAAUUAACCUUGUUUCAGCUAAGCUAGGGUGACCAGACGUCCUCUUUUGCCCGGACAUGUCCUCUUUUUACGUCCUGUCCGGAGCGUCCGGGGGGUUUCAUAAAUUCAUGAAAACGUCCGGUUUUCACUGUUGGGACCAUUAAGCGUGUACUUAAAUUGACUGGCGCUUCCCCCCACCCCCCAACAAUCGCAAGUGUCCUCUUUUUCGCCACCUCAAAUCUGGUCACCCUAGCUAAGCUAACUAGGCAAGGCAGGUUCAGUAAAAAAUAGUGCAGUAUAAACACAUUAUAAAAGGCAUUGAAAAACAGUCAUUUAAGAGCAAAGAUAAUGAAAUAAACACAACAGGUAUAACAUAGAUGAAUAAAAGUCACAGUGCAGUGUUGGAUCAGAGCAGCUCAAUUAAAAGCAGCGGCAAAAAGAAAUGUUUUCAGCCUGGAUUUAAAAGUAGAACGAGUAGCAGCGGCUCUGCAGGGUUCUGGGAGUUAGUUCCAGAUACUAGAUAGCCUUCUUAACACGGCUUCAUAUAAGCGCACUACAUAGCCCAAUUAACCUUGUUUAAGCUAACUAGAUUAACCUAGCCUACAUUAAAUGUCAGUCAUUUGACGCCCUGGCUUUUAAUCAACUCCAACAUCUGGUCAAAACCGUAAUUUGUCCAAAAACCUGCAAAACAUGACAUUGCCAUCACCUUCAUCAGUACUGCUUAUUGUUUAUUAGCAAUAGCUAGCAUCCUGACACCCUUAACUCAAUGGUGAGAGUCUUAGCAUGUUAGCAAUGGCAGGGUAUUUACAUUUAGAGAAUAACACCUGAGACCUGUUGAACAUUAGAUAUCUGGAGACACGUUAUGUUGACUUUCAGUUCCAUUUUCAGACAUAAAUGGUUCGUGUGCUCGACUUACUGAGGUUUAACCAAAAGGAGUCAUUUCUUCCUCUAAAGCAGCUUUGCCUCUAAAAGAAAUCUGUGUACUAAUGAAACUCCAUGCUGCUGUGAUUCUUUUCAAAACGGCCUGCAGGAGUUCACAGGAUUCAUAUGAAGCUCUCUGUCAUGCUAAAGGAUAGUUAUAAAGGUUGUACUUUGGGGAAUUUUGUGGGUAAAGCUAUGAUCUUAACAUGACAAGACAGUCUCUUACUCAAUAUACUGUUCAUGAAUACAAAUGAAAACCAGGUCAGAGGGAGGCUAAAGGCAGAAUGAGUAAGAUUGUGCUUAAAAAAGGAUGAACCGUAGCUAUCGACAAAAUCCUACUUGAGUUUAGGGUCAAAGAUAAGGUCUGACAUCAGCCAUAAACAGAUGAUUAGUCCUGAGUCCAAACGUUAUAUUUAAUAUGGACGGUUAAGUGACCCAGCAUUUUUAACAUUACUGGACAAUUUGGGAACAGGUGCUCUCUAUAUUCAUCAGGUGCUGUCUUAUAUAAGCUUGUAAAUGAACAAAAAUGGAGAAGUGGAUUUCUUGAAUCCCUCUUUCUCUCCUUCACAUGGUCCAAAAAUCUGUUAAUCAUAUACUGUAACCAUAGUAUGACUUUUAUUUGGAGGUGAAAAUGCAAAAUGAAACACUGAAGUUAAUUUUAAACCUUUCUGAUUCUAUUUUACAUUGAUUUCUCCUAUAUGUCCAGCUUUCAAAUUGUAAAAAUCCCAAAUAUAUUACGUAAAAAAACCUCUUAAAGAAAAUGUAAGCCAUGGAAAUGUCCUGAAUGUGAAACUCUCUGCAAAGGCAAUCAAGAGCGAAACUCAUGUACAGUACUAACGAUAUUUGACUGACUGAUGCAGUACACAUAUAUAUAUAUAUUGAAGAUUUUUAGAUGAAUAUUUUAUCAAUUGCAAAAUACUGUAUUUCCUGUCAGUACCUUCAGAUGAUGCCUUAGAUCUGUGAUCUGUAACUGUAAGCUUUACAGGUGAUUAAUUCUGUCACAUACUGCUGAGUGAGCGUUUCACCACUUCACACUUUAAGUGUAAUAAAAAGGCAGCCAGGGUUUUUAUAUUUCUCCCCUAAAGCGUGUUUCAACUCGUGGAAAUUACAAUAAUUCUGUGUUUGCAGUUUUGUUUUUGGUUGUAGUUAAACUGUACAGUUGCAGCUUGUGUGUGCACAGUGCAUCCGGUAGAUUCUGCUUCACUAACACGGUUUGUUCUUCUGUUAAAGGGCAUUAAGUAAUAUUUGACUUUUGCUGAUCCCUGUUGGUCCCCAGUAUACUGUAGGAGUACUUUAAAAUUCAAGCUACGGUGGCCUGUUAAUGACAUAUUCAACCGUAAAGCAAAACUGUACUCCUGAGACAAUUAGGGACUCAUUUAUGACAUGAAAUGCUUUAAAGUAUCUAUAUUUUACACAACAAUAAAUGUACAAUCAAUGCGGACAAGGUCUCUAUCACAGCUGAGGAGAUUUCACAUCGAAAGCAGUUUUCGAUUUUCCAUCUUUUAUUUAGCAAAAACUGCAAAAUUUUGCCGACGUUUAAGAAGUUUUUACCCAAAUAAAGCCGGCAGAUGUUGUCCAACUUCAAUUAUAGGUUAACCUAACAGAAUGCAUCUGAAUGAACAUCCAUUAUAUUAAAUCAAAGGUAUGUAAGAACUAACGGAGAACUCUUAGUUUAUUUUUCACAUUUUCUUUUAAAGAUUUGUUUUUAUCAAAGCCUCUACAGUAGAUCCUUUUUAAUGAGUGUAGAGUCUUUAAAACACUCUUAUGGUCUUAUUGGUUUUAAGUGGUGCUGUCAAAACGCAUUUUAGAUUAUUGAUCUGCUUCCCUGGGUUGGGUACUUUUUGUUUUGACCAUCAGAUUGCAUUAAAGUCUAAACUAUAUACAAUAAUUGAUCUUCCUUCACUUAAAACAAACGUAUAUACCCACCAUGUUUUAGAGUGCUUGACAGGGAGCCUUUUAUAGCUGAAAUGUUUUGCUAUACUGACAGGAAGUUUUAAUAAAACGCGUGCAGAUCUCAGAAACUGUUGAAGUAAUCAUGAAGACGUUAUUUUGUGAUGUGAUGAAGUCAAACACACUUAUUGCCCUUUUUAGAAUAUCUUACAACCACACCUGAUGUAUGCCACUGUACAAGAGUUGUCUUUGUGAUCAGCUGAAAGUGUUUUAGGGUCAAAUACAAAAUCACAGCGAUGUGUGAUGAAGAUGUUCAGAUUUUCCAACACACACACGGAUCAUCCAGAGUGUGUGUGUGUGUGUGUGUUUGUUUGUGUUUUAUUAUGCAAAAGUCCAGACGUUCACACCACUUUAUGCAAGCUGUCGACUCUAAUGUUGCUUUUGCCAAUGCUGCUGUUAAUUUAUGAUUCAUGCCACUGUAAAUAAAUUAUUUUUAUUGAG